AUGCUAGCACCAGAAUACCAAACUCUGGGGAUGGAGACGGCAGCGGUACUUUCUUACCUGCAGGAGACAGAGGUUCAGGAAACCGGAGCACCUGGAGGAAACCGGAAAAUCUGUAGGAAACCGGAGCACCUGGAGGAAACCGGAGCGCCUGUAGGAAACUGGAGAUACUGUAGGAAACCGGAGAACCUGGAGGAAACCGAAGAACCUGGAGGAAACCGGAGCAGCUGGAGGAAACCGAAGAACCUGGAGGAAACUGGAGUACCUGGAGGAAACCGGAGCACCUGGAGGAAACCGGAGAACAUGAAACCGGAGCACCUGGAGGAAACCGGAGUACCUGGAGGAAACCGGAGUACCUGGAGGAAACCGGAGCACCUGGAGGGAACCGGAGCACCUGGAGGAAACCGGAGCACCUGGACGAAACCGGAGCACCUGGAGGAAACCGGAGUACCUGGAGGAAACCGGAGUACCUGGAGGAAAUCGGAGCACCUGGAGGAAACCGGAGCACCUGGAGGGAACCGGAGCACCUGGAAGAAACCGGAGUACCUGGAGGAAACCGGAGCACCUGUAGGAAACCGGAGUACCUGGAGGAAACCGGAGUACCUGGAGGAAACCGGAGUACCUGGAGGAAACCGGAGUACCUGGAGGAAACCGGAGUACCUGGAGGAAACCGGAGAACCUGUAGGAAACUGGAGUACCUGUAGGAAACUGGAGUACCUGGAGGAAACCGGAGAAUCUGUAGGAAACCGGAGCACCUGGAGGAAACCGGAGCACCUGGAGGAAACUGGAGAAUCUGUAGGAAACCGGAGCCCCUGGAGGAAACCGGAGCACCUGGAGGAAACCGGAGCACCUAUCUAUCUACGUAUCUAUCUAUCUUCCAAACGGGACGUGCUUGUCACAUACAAACUUAAAUGUCUGUGA